AGCGUUGUAAAAGAGAUUCAGAGAAUAAACUUACGCGAGAUCAAUAAUGGUGAAUGGUCAGACACUGCUUCCUGGCAUGCCCAAUACAGCGACACUGCUUGGGUUUUUGGAGGCAAUAUUCCUUUUGAUCUGACUGAAGGCGAUAUUAUCUGCAUAUUUUCUCAAUAUGGAGAGAUAAUUAAUGUCGAAUUGAUCCGAGACCAAAAGACUGGAAAGUCGCGAGGAUUUGCGUUUAUUCAAUAUGCCGACCAACGUAGUACUAUACUUGCUGUCGAUAACCUUAACGGCGGAACUGUUCUCGACCGUACUCUACGUGUUGAUCAUUCUUAUGGUCCCAAGCGCCACAAAAAAGAAGGCGAAGAAGAGGAUCCUGAACUUUACCAAAAGAUGAACGCGGCUCCACCUAUGAUUGAAGGUAAGAGCUACAAAACUACUUUAUUAUGCACACAUUAG